UUUGUGCUUCAAUGUUUCAGGACAGUCAGCCCAAUAUGUCAAGACCUCUGAUCACUAGAUCUCCUGCAUCUCCACUGAACAACCAAGGCAUUCCUACUCCAGCACAACUCACAAAAUCCAAUGUGCCCGUCCACAUCGAUGUGGGCGGCCACAUGUACACCAGCAGCCUGGCCACCCUCACCAAAUACCCUGAAUCAAGAAUCGGAAGACUUUUUGAUGGUACAGAGCCCAUUGUUUUGGACAGUCUCAAACAGCACUAUUUCAUUGACAGAGAUGGACAGAUGUUCAGAUAUAUCUUGAAUUUUCUACGAACAUCAAAACUCCUCAUUCCCGAUGAUUUCAAGGACUGCACUUUGUUAUAUGAAGAGGCAAAGUAUUUUCAGCUUCAGCCCAUGUUAUUGGAGAUGGAAAGAUGGAAGCAGGACAGAGAAACUGGUCGCUUUUCAAGGCCCUGUGAGUGCCUCGUGGUACGUGUUGCCCCAGACCUCGGAGAAAGGAUCACACUCAGUGGUGACAAAUCCUUGAUAGAAGAAGUGUUUCCAGAGAUCGGCGACGUGAUGUGUAACUCUGUCAACGCAGGCUGGAAUCACGACUCAACGCACGUCAUCAGAUUUCCCCUGAAUGGCUACUGUCACCUCAACUCAGUCCAGGUCCUCGAGAGGUUGCAGCAAAGAGGAUUUGAAAUCGUGGGCUCCUGUGGGGGAGGAGUGGACUCGUCUCAGUUCAGCGAAUAUGUCCUGCGGCGGGAACUGAGGCGAACACCCCGUGGGCCCUCUGUCAUCCCGAUAAAGCAAGAGCCUCUGGACUAAACGGACAUAUUUCUUAUGCAAAAAGGAAAAACCAUACAUAACGAAUAACAGGGGACAAAACAAAAAAGGGACAUUUACAUGCAGUUGGGACAGCAAACCAAGUCCUGGACCUAGAAUUGAAUAAAAGACACAUUUAUAUCCAAUAGAGACCACACCUGUAUUCACAUGGGAACAAUUGGAAUAGUGAUAUCCUCAAGGUGUAAAAAAUAUAUAAAU